AAGCAUCAACUGUCUGCUUUCGUAUCGUUACGCGGCUCACGACAAGAGUUUUUCUGGUCAAUCGGAUCAAUCCAAUCCCAAGCCACGACUAUAAAAUCCAUUAGAAGCACGUUUUGGUAAAAUUUCCCCAAGGGUGCAGAAGGUUGUACUUCGUGUUUCUUUUCCUGGGUAAACUGACCGAACCCCAACCCAUCACCAUGUCGAAAAGUGUGAAGCGCCUCAAAUCCAUGAAAAAGGUGGUCGAGAAGGUCAUGCACACGACGCCUCUAAAACUCUACAUCCCGGCGGCUUCGGCCAUGCCCGGUCCACCGCUGGGACCCCAGCUCGGCCAGCGCGGCAUCAACAUCGCAAACUUCUGCAAGGAAUUUAACGAGCGGACCAAGGACAUGAAACCCGGCAUCCCGAUCCCGUGCAAGAUCUCGCUGAAGCCCGACCGGACGUACAAGCUGGAAAUGAUGAACCCACCCAUCAGCUUCUUUGUCAUGCAGGCGGCUGGCAUCGACCGCGGCGCCAUGCAAAACGGCAAGGAGAAAGCCGGCAUAAUAUCGCUGAAGCAUGUCUACGAGAUCGCCAAGAUCAAGAGCGAGGAUACCGUGUACGAGUGCAUGCCGAUGCAGGAUCUGUGCAAGAUCGUGAUCAAUUACGCUUACCGCUGCGGCGUGCAGGUGGUGCGCGAACUGGACGCCGAGCAGUGUCGCGAGUUCCACGAAAAGCGGCGACCCAUUGUUCAGGCGCAACUCGCGCAGAUCGAGGAGAAGAGGCAGGCCAAGCUGUUGCGGACGGUUGCCUAGAAGUCUCGGCGCCCUCAAGAAACUUUGCUCUGCUCUCUAGACAUAGGAAUACGUUCGAAGCAGCCAGGUGAUGAUGUUAUUUGGAGGAAAGGCUUCGUAAGCGCUGCGCAUAAGUGUUCGCUGUAGCAGGGACCACAUACCUUUUUGCCGACCCGAAAAUCCCGUGCUUUCAAGGGCACAACGGUUCGAAAAUCAAAACGUGUGUACUGUCGUUACAUUAGUGCUGCAGUUGAUGAACAAGACGUUUUGACAUUUGGUGGCUCUCCACUUUACUAUUGGUAGGUUGUAAUUUCGGCUUUGUCAUUGGUCUAGUAUACUUGUAUGGGCACUGCUACAAAGAGAAGUCUACAGCUUGCACAUAUCUGCUAGAGGUGGUAAAAGUGAAAUACAACCUUUGAAAGAGCCUUCCAUCUGCAUUCAGGGUACUGGCUUGACUGGGGCAGUCAGCUUGUAUUCGAAUCAGCGCAACAAUAUCACAUUGAGUCCUACAUUGACUAACUACGUUUACAUGCACCUGGUUGCUUCUUCCUUCAUUUUAUGUAUACUUAUUUGUCCUUUCCCUUCAAUCCAAUUUGCUACUUUUGCUUUCAUAUAUAAAGCCAGCCAUUGGCAGACAUAGGCUUUGAGAAAGUUGACUGUGUGCAUUUAUCUUGUACAGUAGUCACCAAAAUUGUGGAACAAGCAAACCCUGCUUUACCUUGUGGUGGCACAAUCUUGGCAACAGGCAAGCCAGUGUGGUGCCAUUGCCUAGCACAGAGUGGGGACGCAGCAGAAGGUUUGUUAGGCAGGCAAUCUAUGGUUCAUAGCAACAUUACUAAACCACUCGGUUGGGAAACUGCCAUACAGACUGCUCGAAAAAAGUGGCAUCGACCCGUCCUCCAGAACCGAGCUAAUAGUGAUCACAAAGCCGCCAUUUCUCCCGCAGCGGCCACUCGAGGAACUGCUCGUGACAUCUAUUUUGGCUUUAAUCGGCCAUUUUGGUGCCGAAACAGAUACAGUGGAAGAGGUUACAGGGGCACCACCCCCGUCUCCCCAGCGGACGUGGCGCGAAUUGUUACUGUAGCCAAGAUGUACCUAGGUCGGGACGCGCUACCUGAAAUCACCGCUGAGGCAUGGUUGUAUAAAAACAAUAUUAAUUGUGCCGCAAAACCUUGCAAACUAAAGAUUUUAGAAAACAUCCCGCGCCCUCAAUUUGUACUGAACUCCAAUAAAAAUUACUACAAAAA